UUUCACCUCUCCUUUCUCAAUUUACUCUCGACAAUCCCUAAACCCCAAUUCUAACUCAUCUCAACAACAAUGAAGCCAAUGGUGGUGGACUAUUUAGCAGACAUGGAAGAUCAAGGCACCACAACAAUGGCGAUGGACGUUGACGAUGUGGACGCCAUAGAUAUGUUUGGUGAAGGUCCACUUGGUGCCGUCGGCGAACAUCCCCGUCUCACCGACGCCGAUUUCUUCAAUUCCUUUCAGGAUGAUUUCGAUGACUCCGAUAUCAACUAAAAUAUAUACUAGAAACUUGUAAUCGUAGUUUUAUCUGCUUUUGGUUAUUGAUGUUCUAGAAACUUCUAUGCUUUACCUAUCAUAUUCGUGCUAAUUAACGUUGAUUAUGAAGCAAUUUGUAGUUUGAUUUUAAUUUUCUGAAUGAAUAAACCUAAUUUUUAGAUGUUC